AUGGAUGAAAUGCUGAAUCCGAAGCUAAACUCUAUCUCUGGCUUUCAUGUUUCAACUAUUGAGCUUGGUAAUAACGGUUCAAUUUUGACACUAACUAGAACAAUUGUCCUGCAGUUCUUUGGUAAUUUAACACACUCACUUUUUAAAAUUGACUCUGCAGCAGAUAGUAGAGUUCUACGGGAUGCGUUAGUUAGAUCAGAUCCAUUAAUUGUUCCCAAGGGCAAGUACUUUCUUGUUGAUGCGGGUUAUGCAAAUAGCUCCGGUUUCUUAGCUCCAUAUAGGGGAGUUAGAUAUCAUCUUAGCGAGUGGUCUGCUAAUGGGAGCAAGCCUCAAAAUUUUAAAGAGUUAUUCAACCUUCGACAUUCAAUUGCUCGAAAUGUGAUUGAAAGGACAUUUGGUUUGUUCAAGAAGCGGUGGGCCAUUUUGAGAGAUGCAUCUUUUUUUGAUGUUAAGACUCAUGUCAUGAUAAUUAAUGCAUGUGCCAUCCUUCAUAAUCUUAUUCGAGUAGAACAACCAAAUGACCCUUACUUGGAUGAAGUUGAUGCUGAGAUGCGAAGAGUACAACAUGAGGUUGAUGAUGAAGAUGAAAUGGAAGAUGAAGAUGAGGAAAAUGGAAUGGAAGAUGAUGGUCCAAAUAAUGAUGGUGGUGUAAAUGCUGUUAACGAGAAUCGAAUUCGAACAGUACAACCAACUAGCGAGUGGACACAAUUUAGGAAUGCUUUAGCACGAGCAAUGUUUAUUGACUAUCAAAUUAGACAAGGCCAUCAUGGAAGUUGAAAUUUGAUAGGAAUUUAUUCGAACUUAAUUUAAUAUUAGAAUGGCCAUUUAUUGAAAAAUAGUAGCAAUGUAU